AUGGGUAAGGCUCGAGGUGUCAGUCGUGGUCUAAUUAGUGGUUCCAUGUCGUCCCCGAACUCCGCUACUGCCAUCAUCUCAGCUACCACUACAUCGACUCCCUCAGACGUACAUUCUUCUCCCUCGCCUCCUCCACCUUCACCACCGCCUUACCUCAAACCCUCCUUCCUGCGUCAGCAACUCUCUCUCGCCGCCGCCGGUAACACUCCUGUCGAUUUUCCUUUCCUUGUGGAACCCGAGCAUCCUCUGGAAGAGGAUGAAUGGAUCGCCGUCCACACAAUUGGACUGGUCGAGAACCUCUGCAGCAUUUUCGAUCCCCUCUACGAGGUUUGUUUGUGUCGUGGAGGUGGUAGCAGUAGCCCCUCAAAAGCCACCGACGAUGUAGAAUUCACCGACUCCUUUGUGCAGACGAAGAAACCCGUACGUCAGGUGAUCAGUCUCAUACUCUCUGAGUGCAAUGAUGCGAUACAAUCGGCGCGAAUAUUCCCUGUUAGACAGGGCCAGGCCUUUUCGCCUUCCGAUUUGCGCGAAGAGGCGGCCCGCAUUUGCCGCAAACUGUUGCUCUGCCUCGUACACAUCUAUACCGCCCAUGUGAACCAUCUGGAGCAGCUGGAUCUAGUGGCCCAUAUGAACACUAUCGCGAAACACUUCUUCGCCUUCACUUCACGGUUUAAUUUGAUUGAGGAGGAGGACAACAGAGCAUUGGCAGCUCUUCAGGGCUUUCAUCGACGCCUGUUGGAAACACCGGCGCCUAAUGUGAUUGUUUCGACGAACCCGAUGACACCGACGUCAGUGGCAACGGUAACUACCGAUGCUAGUGUGGCUUCAUCGUAUUCGAUGCCCUCUGCUACCGCUUCCGUUACGCCUGCCCCAUCCAUUUUGCCGGUUGUUAUAAGCGCUUCAGUGCAGGAACAGACCGCCAGUUAG